AUGUCGAACGCCGAGCUCGCCUCUUCCUACGCGGCCCUCAUCCUCGCCGAUGAUGGUGUCGAGAUCACUGCCGACAAGCUCCAGACCCUGAUCAAGGCUGCCAAGAUCGAGGACGUUGAGCCCAUCUGGACCUCCCUGUUCGCCAAGGCUCUUGAGGGCAAGGACGUCAAGGACCUGCUCUCCAACGUUGGCUCCGGUGGUGGCGCUGCUGCCCCCGCUGCCGGCGGCGCUGCCGCUGGCGGUGCCACCGAGGCUGCCGCUGAGGAGGCACCCAAGGAGGAGGAGAAGGAGGAGUCCGACGAGGACAUGGGCUUCGGUCUCUUCGACUAA